AUCCAAAUUACAUAAAAAAGAAAAUGAAUACAAUAAAAUACAAUAAAAGAAUAACAUGUACAAUAAAAAGGGCUCCUAACCAUUCAGGAGGCAGUCCUACCMAUGUCUCCAAAGUACAGAUGAGUAUUUUACUGCACUAUAUUUAGUGUUAGUCAACAGUAGGAAAAUUCUAUUAUUAGACUUAUUUAAAGGACAAAUAGAUUUAUACAUAAGCUUUCUUAAGACAGCCAUGAAAGUGCUGAUGCGAGUAGAUACAAACAGUUCACUGGUGCUUGUCCAUCUGGGCUUUAUUAAGCAAAAGUCUAAAUUGAACAUCAUUAAAAGCACCUUCAAUUUAUGAAGAUCAAUCUUUGCACAUCAUUGUCUUUUUCAAAAUGUCUACUUAUAAAUGGUCAGCUGAUUCAACACAUUGAAUCAAAGGAACAGUGUGUAAUCAGACAAAAAGCAAAAAGAAAAGCAGAGGAAGCUAUCACCUACUUAUCUAUCUAAGAUAAAUGRCUUCGAACAGCUUUGCUCUUUUUCCUAAAUUAGUGAAUCCUAAUUUUGUGAAACACAGCCCUYUGGAAAUACCAAAAACCAAAUCUCCUGUAAAAACUGACACUUUAAACAUUUACAAAGUAAUACUUUUAUUUUAUUUGUUUACAUUCAUUUUCAUUUUCACUGGACUAAUAUCAAAAUAGGAUAACAAAAUUAUACAACAAAAAUGAAAUUUUCCUCUCCAAAAUGAAAAAAACUUUCAUUUGAAAGGAAAAUCACUCAAGUUCCUGUCGGAUUUUAACAUCGACUUUAUGAUUGGAAUUGUGUAUUAUCAGAUCCUUUUUCAAACUGAACUCUUUUACUGCUUAUAGGCAGCUCAGCUGCAUAUCUAACAGACAUGUAUUCUAGUGAAGAAAGAUAAUAUCAGAAAAGAUAAAACUAAACGAAACUCCUCAAAUCAUACGAUCUCCUGUGAGAUAAAAUCUGCCGCUUUGCCUGCUGAGACAUGUCAACAUGACUCGUUUUUCUCCCACCCACACGUAUAGUAGGUGUUACUUGUCAUGAAUAAUUAUACAUUGGCAAAAAUGUAUGAAUCACGGCAGCCUACUGAGGGAUGGUAACACAAACAAGAAUGGGCGAAGCAUGAAGAUCUUUGACUUUUUAGUCUCACACUGAACGUUCACUGUCAGAUUAAGGAGCUUCAAAUUCUUAAUCUGUUACGAUGAAAAGUCUGAAAUGAAUUAUGGCCUUUUGUGAAAUGUGCCUGAAAACCUCAGGCCGCAGCCUGAUCGGAUACCUUUACCAUUUCUACUGGCUCCUUUCAAUGCAGAGAUGUAACAGUUUUACUCAAAGUUGACUCUAUGGAUGACUGCAGUGCCUCRCCGUUUCUGUAAGGCUGAUUACAGACUCCCUAGAAAAGAAUGCAAGUUUUUAAAAAAAAUGUUCAAACUAAAGAAUUACUCUGAGUUGUGUCACACACUUUGGUUUUCGAUAUUGUGUAUUCUUCUACUUUUGUAUUCUUUUCAGGGUUAGCUUUCAGUCAUUGUUCUUCCCUUGUUUGGUUUAUUAUAAAAAGCAUUACCACAGCAGGAGGCUGCCACCUCUAUGUUUCAUUAUUUGGAUAAGUGUAUUCAAGGUAAAGUAGUUUUUUUCCUACACAUUGCAUUUUGCAUGUGGGUCAAAAACCUUGUCUUAGUGUACUACACCAAAUCAUAAUAUGAUACUUUGGGGUUGUAACUCGCAGGCACUUGCAGAGGGGGGGAGUAGAGAGGGCUUGAGCCCCUGCCCCUUUUACCCUUGGUACCACUAGUGCCCCCUUUUGAGUUUUUUUUCAUUAUUAUUUUUAAUAUGUGUGUCAGUAAGCUUGUUUGUACCCCUCAACAAUAAUAUUUAGAUAAAUAUAAUAAUUUUACAAAUAAAUAGUCUGGCUAUAAAAGAUUUAUAACAAAGUGUUGGGAAAAACUGCUUUAUCCAAUCUGACAUCAGGUGACCUACAUAGUAACAAURCAAAAACAUUAUUUUUCCUUUUAACGUCUUUGAAUUUUGGUGAAACCCUGACUGGAAAAUUYAUAAUUUYCUUAAUCAAGCAAUUAUUACAACAAUUACUUGGUUGAAAAAWUAAUAUUAAAAAAGCAGACCUGGCCACUUACUUCAAAUUUGCUUUUUCAAUUUGAAAAAUCWUGUUUUUCUUCCUUCAUAACAUUCAGGAGCAGCACUUGUGACAGACCUGCUUCUUUUGGUAGGGCUUAUGUUUUCUAUAUAUUUACAUAUAUUUAUGUGUYGUCACAUUUUUUACGAAUUGAAUGUAGAGUAAAUAUAUUAACUUCCACACUAAGAUGGAUUAAUAAACCUAUUACCAGAAGUUACAUUUUAACACUAAGCCAAUUCUACAAGCUAAAAAUAUCCAGACUACAGUUUUUAUCAAUAAUAAAGUAGAGUGUACCACACCAAUGGGAAUGUUUUGACUUAUCUAACAAUGUUCAUGUUAUAUAACGGUGGUUAUAUAAUAAGGAUUGUAACCUUCACUCCAACUCUUGGGAUGAAGCUUCAUUUCCUUCCCUAGAACAUUAACAGAACUAACAUAAGGACUGAAACUCUGUCUACAAACAGGGUUUCUUUUAAUAAAUACAGAAGUUUCUAAGACAUCACAAGCGUAAUGCUACAUCUGAACAGGCUUUUGGUUGUCAGACAGACAGGCUUUUAGUGCAGAUGCCAGUUUUAGUACUAAUAUAUAAUUCAUAUGGAAUAUUAUGUUUUGCUCUGCCAUGCAGACAAAGUUGCUCAUGGGGCUUUCUUGUUGCCACGUGACCAAGAAGGAAGGAAUAGAAAGCUCUAWAWACUUCCUCUCAAAAAUGAUUUUGGUGCAGUUCAGAAGCUAGCUGCUCCUCUUGGCAUCAGGCUAAGAGAGAAACACUUUACUGCUCACCWUCACCGGCCGACACCAUGAGCAGCAUCGUUCAGAACCCCUGCGUUGGUCGGGCGCCAGCUGCUAGGAUGCCCAAAUCUGUGACUCGUGAAAGCAGUGGAACCUCCAGAAGCAGCAGCAUCAGCAGUGACAGCAGCGGCUCUGGAGGGAACAUCCGUUCUCUCCUGUCCAUGAGCGAGAGCGUGCACGCUAAUCUGAGCAGCUUCUUUCCAGAGCAAGCACUGGAGAAGGAAGAAACCCGUCAGCGGAGUCAUCAGCUGGAAGAGAUAAAACGCCUGAAAGAGGUCCAUGCCGCUGCUCAGCUCAAAAACCUAGAGGAUUUUCUGAAGAUUAACCGAAUCUCUCUCAGAGACAGUUUGGCACAUACCACAGGGAUGAUUUACAGAAAUUUGGGAAAAUCAGGACUGAGGGUGUCCUGUGUUGGAUUAGGUACAUGGGUUACUUUUGGAGGCCAGAUCACAGAUGAUGUGGCAGAGGAAAUGACAACUUUGGCAUAUGAGAGUGGAAUCAAUCUGUUCGACACAUCUGAAGUGUACAACUGUGGAAGGUAUGCAGAAAUGGAAAGAGGACUUUCUAGAAAACAUAUAAUUGAAGGUUUAAGAGCAUCACUGGACAGRCUUCAGCUAGAGUACGUGGACGUUGUGUUUGCAAAUCGACCAGAUCCAUACACACCUAUAGAAGAGACRGUAAGGGCAAUGACGUAUGUAAUCAACAGGGGGAUGGCUCUGUAUUGGGGAACAUCACGAUGGAACUCCAUGGAGAUUAUGGAGGCGUAUUCUGUAGCACGACAGUUCAACCAGAUCCCACCCAUUUGUGAACAGGCAGAAUACCACAUGUUCCAAAGGGAAAAGGUGGAAGUGCAGCUCCCACAGCUUUACCACAAAAUAGGCAUUGGAGCUAUGACUUGGUCUCCACUGGCAUGUGGAAUCAUCUCAGGAAAAUAUCGAAGUGGAAUACCGCCUUCUGCACGGGCUUCACUUAAGGGAUAUGAAUGGAUAAAAGACAAGAUAAUGAGUGAGGAGGGUCACCGAGAGCAGCUCAAGCUGCGGGAACUAGAAACCUUCGCACAACGACUACAGUGUACCUUGCCACAACUUGCUAUUGCGUGGUGCCUGAGAAAUGACAAGGUGAACUCUGUGCUGCUGGGGGCUUCCAGACCCGCUCAGCUGGUGGAGAACAUCAGAGCCAUCCAGGUUCUUCCAAAGAUAACAAUGUCCAUUGCAGCUGAGAUUGAUUGCAUCUUGAAAAACAAGCCCCACUGUAAAAAGGGUUCCAGAUUUUCAAAGGAGCACUGACAGGCUGCUGUAGACCCAGUGCAUGGUGGGAUGUUGAUCCUUGUGUAAUUCAUGUACACGUCACUGUUGUAAAAAAAAUAAAAUAAAAUAAAAAAAAAAACAAGCAACUGAAAACAAAUAAACACAUUUAGACAACACUACUUCUCAAUUAUAUUGUGAUAAAUUGACUGCUGCCAUGAAAAUUGAGAGAAAUGUUCAAAAGACCAGAGUUUGACACAAGCUAGUGAAAAAAGAAAAAAGAAGAAAUAUGGACUAACUGUUUACCAGAGACGGAUUGUUUCUCCGGUGUUGUAAUGGGUCCAAACGAUGUGUUGCACUUGGUUAAGUGUUUUGCCAAAGCUCUGUAAAACAUUGCCUAAUUCAGUUAAAUGAUUUUUUAUUUUAUUUUAUUUUUUUGUAUAAUGUAAAUCUACUGUCACACCUUAGGUGGCGCUAUAGUGCCACACAGAGUCGUUGACCAUGCGUGUUCCUGCUGAGCAAAACUGCAGGUAGAGAAAAUUCACUGUGUGGAGAAAAUGACUUGUUUCCCUGGCAGAUUAUUUCACUUAUAACCUGUUUCAUCAAUAUUAAGGAAUUGCUGACUUAA